UUUACUACGGAGAAUAAUUUGAGAAGUCAUUUGAAACAGAAUAAAAAAAGGGAAAAAGAAAAACGUAAAGGGAAAUUUCAGAAAAAUUUGCGAAAUUUCUUUUUUUCAAAUUUCCUUAAAACUUCAGUUAAAAUGAAGUAUUACUUUCUCAAACUGUUUGCCUCAAUGCUGACAGCUUCAUUGAUUAAAGGACAAGGUGUAAAGCAACAUGUAACUUGUGAAAGAAAAUUUCAAAAAGUUGGAUGUUUUUCUCAAAAUAAAGAUUCCUUAAAAUCUGAAUUGCUUAUAACAGACAGAGACAAGUCCAGCUCGUCAUAUGAUGGAUAUUGGUUAGAUUGGAAUAAAUUUGAUGCCUCUCUACACAGUUUGGCUUGUCGUUGCUAUGAAAAAGCUAAAGCUAAAGGUUUUGAAUAUUUUUCAAUUCGAUUUUGGGGUGAAUGCUGGGGUGGGAAAGACUACAAGGUUAUUGAAAAUGCACUAAAGGAUCCUAAAAUGCAAUCAAGUGAAUGUCAUAGCAUCAACUAUAAACAAUGUAGUCUCUCUUCAGAGACAGAGUGUGCAGGAAAAGCUAAUACUGAAUAUGUAUACACUGUUGCUGAUAGGAACCAAGCAAAAAAUGUUGAUGGUGGUUAUGGACCAUGGUCUUCAUUUUCACAGUGUUCAUUUACAUGUGGUGAAGGAAUUUCAGCUAGAGAAAGAACUUGUACGAACCCAAUUCCUGAAGGAACAGGAUUUGAUUGUGAAAAGUUUGGUCCUUCAACAGAAACCAAGUCAUGCAAAAUUGUUGAAUGUCCAAUAAAUGGUGGGUUGACAGAAUGGACAGAAUUUAGUGACUGUUCUGUUACAUGUGGUAUUGGAUUUGCUACAAAAACCCGUUAUUGUACAAAACCACCUCCUCAAUUUGGUGGGCGUGAUUGUGAAGGAAAUUUAGUAGAAAGUAAAUCUUGUCAAGCUACAGAAUGCCCAGUUGAUGGUAGCUGGAGUGAUUGGAAUGAUCCAUCUGUGUGUUCCGCAUCAUGUGGGUCAGGUCAUAAAAUAAAAAAGCGUUUAUGUAACAACCCCAAACCUGCAUUUGGUGGUAAAGACUGUGUUGGUGAUGCAGAAGUUACUGUACCUUGUUUUGAAACAUUUUGUCCAGUUAAUGGCGGUUGGUCACAGUGGUCUGGAUUUGAUGAUUGCUCAAAAUCUUGUGGCAGUGGUUUAAUGAAAAGAACAAGAGAAUGCAUUGAUCCGCUUCCACAAUAUGGUGGUAAACAAUGUGUUGGUGAAGUCUUUGAAACAGUUGCAUGCAAGCUAAAAGAAUGUCCAAUAAAUGGUCAAUGGGGUGCAUGGAGUGAUUUUAAAUCUUGCAGUGUCUCUUGUGGUAAUGGAGUUCAGAGCAGGUCUCGGGAAUGCAAUAACCCAAGUCCUCAACUAGGUGGAGAUGUUUGCAUAGGGGAUCAUGAGGAUGACAGACCUUGUGUUCUCUCUCCAUGUCCUGUUGAUGGGGGUUACACAGAAUGGUCGAAUUUUGAUACAUGCACAGCAUCUUGUGGUGAUGGAAUUCAAUCUAGAUACCGUAAUUGUUCUAAUCCAACUCCUUUAAAUAAUGGAAAGGACUGUUCUUCAUUAGGACCUAAUGUAGAUAUUAUCAAAUGCAAAACUGCAGAUUGUCCAAUUGAUGGAAAAUUUUCUGAAUGGACUUCGUACUCUAGUUGUUCUGUGAGUUGUGGCUCAGGAACUAGUUACCGGACUCGAAAGUGCAAUAACCCUGAACCACAAUAUGGUGGUAAACAAUGCUUUGGAGAUUCUUUGGAAUCUAAGAUUUGCAAACAAAUAGAAUGCCCUGUUGAUGGUGGAUAUACUGAGUGGUCAACUUUUUCUUUCUGCUCUGUAAGUUGCGGUGUUGGAACCCAAUCUAAAACUAGACAAUGCACUAACCCUUACCCUGAGCAUGGAGGAAAAGACUGUAGUGUUUUAGGAAAGUCUGAAGAAUUUCAGAUUUGUAAACAACCUGAAUGUCCAAUUAAUGGUGGUUGGAGCAGUUUUUCUGAUUUUUCUGAUUGUUCAGUAACAUGUGGGCGUGGCAUUAAAACAAAAACGCGUACAUGUACAAAUCCUAGUCCACAAUUUAAUGGAACUCCUUGCAUAGGCGAUUCAACUGAAACCAUAGAGUGUGUUUUGAAAAGUUGCCCAGUUCAUGGUGGUUUAUCAGCUUGGUCAACAUUUUCCCCAUGUUCAUCAUCCUGUGGGAAAGGAACUCAAACUCGUACUAAGUUAUGCAACAAUCCAACUCCUAUGUAUGGUGGUAAUCCUUGUGAGGGAAUUACAGUUGAAAGUAAAGAAUGUCAGCUUAUUGAAUGCCCUGUGGAUGGAGGUUGGACCAAAUGGAGUGAGCCUAGUGAGUGUUCUACAACAUGUGGUUCUGGUCUUAAAGUUAAAACACGUAGUUGCACUGACCCCAAACCAUUAUUUGGUGGAAAAGAUUGUGUUGGAGAAAGUCAAAUCACUCUUAGUUGUUUUUUGACAAAUUGUCCUGUUGAUGGUGGUUUUACUCAGUGGUCAGCAUAUGGUGAAUGCAGUUCAAGUUGUGGGGAUGGUUUAAAAACAAGAACACGUACAUGUUCAAAUCCUAUACCAAGCUUCGGUGGUCAAAACUGUAUUGGUGAAACUAAAGAGAAUUCAUAUUGUAACAUAAACCCUUGCCCCAUUAAUGGAGGUUUUACGGAAUGGUCUGAUUUUGGAGCAUGUUCUGAACCUUGUGGAGAGGGAAGAAAAUCUAGAAGUCGAAAAUGUGAGAAUCCAAAACCUGAACAUGGUGGUCUAAAUUGUGUUGGUGAUUUUGUUGAAGAAGUAAAAUGUAAAGUUCGAGAAUGUCCUAUUGAUGGUGGCCUCACACAAUGGUCAAGCUAUACAGAAUGCUCAAAAACAUGCGGUGAAGGUGAAAAGAAAAGAUCUCGUCUGUGUACUAGCCCUAUACCUGCUUUUGGUGGUAGAGAUUGUGAAGGUCUACUUAAUGAAGUGUUGCCUUGUAAGGUUAAAGAAUGCCCUGUAAAUGGUGGUUUAUCUGGUUGGAGUGCAUUUAGUGAUUGUACAAAAUCAUGUGGAUCUGGCACUAAAUACAGAACUAGAAAUUGCACAAAUCCAGUCCCUCAAUAUGAUGGUGCUGAUUGUGUUGGUUCUCUUAAAGAAACAUCAGAAUGUAAUAGCCAACUUUGUCCUAUAAAUGGUGGUUUCACUGAUUGGUCAUCUUAUGCUGAAUGUUCAGCAGAGUGUGGCCAAGGAAGCCAGAAUAGAACAAGAACUUGCUCUAAUCCCCCACCAGCAAAUGGAGGAAAAGACUGUGAAGGAGCUACGUUUCAAACAAAGUUUUGUUUAAUAAAGGAGUGCCCAAUAAAUGGUGGUUUCAGUCAAUGGUCUUCAUUUUCUGAAUGUUCUUUGACUUGUGGUGGUGGUCAAAGAAUACGCUAUCGAACUUGUACAAAUCCUGCUCCUGCUUUUAAUGGGGCACCUUGUGUAGGAGCUGAAUCGCAAACAGAAUCUUGUAAUUUAAAGGAGUGUCCAGUAAAUGGAGGAUUAUCAGAAUGGUUUAAUUUCGGAAAUUGCUCAAAAGAAUGUGGAGAAGGAACUCAGUUACAGAUAAGAACUUGUACAAAUCCAGCUCCUGCAUUUGGUGGUGAAAAUUGUAAAGAUCAGCUUCUUUCAAAAAUUCUUCUUUGCAAAAUUAAAGAAUGCCCAGUUAAUGGUGGUUUUACAAAAUGGUCAGAAUUUAGUGAAUGUUCAGCUAGUUGUGGGCUAGGUAUUAAGCAGCGUACAAGAAGCUGUUCAAAUCCUGUACCAGCUUAUGGAGGAGAAGAUUGCAAUGGAAUAAGAUAUGAAACUGCAUCCUGUAAAACUCACGAAUGUCCAGUAAAUGGUGGUUUCUCAGAGUGGAGUGACUUCAGUGCAUGUUCAAACAGUUGUGGAAAUGGGGAGCAAAUUCGAAAACGUUCUUGUAACAAGCCUUCACCUGCACACGGAGGAGAAGACUGUAAAGGAAGCCUUGAAGAAAAAAAAGUUUGCAAUAUUAAAGAGUGUCCAAUUAAUGGUGGUUUGUCCUCUUGGUCAGCUUUUAGCACUUGUACAAAGUCAUGUGAUGGUGGUGUAAAAAGACGCACUAGAUUAUGUAACAAUCCUGCACCUAGCUUUGGAGGUUUGGAUUGCACAGAAAACUUAAUUGAUGAUACUGAAUGUAAUUCUCAUUCAUGUCCAGUAAAUGGUGGUUUUAGUGAAUGGUCAGCAUUCGGUAUAUGCUCAGAGCAAUGUGGUGAUGGUAUUCAAGAAAGAACAAGAUCUUGUACAUAUCCUGCACCAGCCUAUGGUGGAAUGAACUGUGAAGGUUUACAAACUGAAACUAGACAAUGUAAAAUUAAAGAUUGUCCAGUUAAUGGAGGUUUUAGUCAAUGGAGUGUUUACAGUGAAUGUUCUAAGGAAUGUGGAAAUGGGGAACAAACAAGAAAAAGAACAUGUAACAAUCCUGCACCUGCUUAUGGUGGAGAUGAUUGUCAAGGAAGCUUAGAGGAAUCAAAAGCUUGUAAAAUCAAAGAGUGCCCCAUCAAUGGUGGAUUAUCAUCUUGGUCAUCGUACUCUGACUGUUCUAAAUCAUGUGGUGGUGGGGUUAAAACACGAACACGAUCAUGUACUAAUCCAGCCCCAAAUUUUGGUGGCACAAUUUGUAAUGAUAUAAUGAUUGAAGAUGUACCAUGCAAUGUUCAACAAUGUCCAAUUGAUGGAGGAAUGAGUGAAUGGUCAGAUUUUACACCCUGUUCUGAAUUAUGUGGUCUUGGUUCUCAAGAACGGCAAAGAAAAUGUACUAACCCUGCACCUUCUUAUGGUGGCAAGCAAUGUGGUGGGGAAUUUCUCCAAGUCAGAGAAUGUAAAAUCAAAGACUGCCCAGCCAACACGGGAUAUUCACAAUGGUCUGACUUUAGUGAGUGUUCAAAAUCUUGUGGUGUUGGUGUUCGAUCUCGAAAACGAAUAUGUGAAAAUAAAAAGUAUGACUGUUCAGGAUUAUCAGAGGAACUACAAAGCUGUGAAGUAAAACCUUGCCCAGUUAAUGGAGGAUUUUCCAAUUGGGGUGAUUUUGAUGAAUGUUCUACAACUUGUGGACAAGGCUUAAAGACAAGAACUAGAACAUGUACAAAUCCUACUCCUCAAAAUGGUGGUGCAGGUUGCUUUGGAAGCAGACAGGAAAUUCAGAGUUGUAUUGUGAGAGAGUGUCCAGUUAAUGGUAUGUACUCAACAUGGUCAACUUAUUCUGAAUGCAGUGAACCAUGUAAUGCAGGAAGGCAAAAAAGAACAAGGACUUGUACCAACCCAUCUCCUGCUAAUGGUGGAUUACCAUGUGUUGGACCUCCAGAAGAUGCUCGAACAUGCAAUAUCCAAAAGUGUGCAAUAAAUGGUGGUCUCAGCGAGUGGUCAUUAUUUUCUAGCUGUUCAAAAACAUGUGGAAAUGGCAUUAAAGAACGCAAGCGUACCUGUACAAAUCCUGCUCCAUCAGUUGGAGGAAAAGAUUGUAUUGGAUCUUUAGUUGAAGUCUUUUCAUGUAAAGUAGAAGAGUGUCCAAUUGAUGGUGCUUUUGGGGAGUGGUCAGACUUUGGUGAAUGCUCAGAAAAAUGUGGAUCUGGACUACAAGAAAGAAAACGAGAAUGCAAUAAUCCUUUACCUGCAUAUGGAGGUAAAGGGUGUUAUGGAGAAACUUCUCAACAACGUGAAUGUAAACUUCGAGAAUGUCCAGUUAAUGGCAAAUUUACAAGUUGGUCAAGUUACAGUGAAUGUACAGAACCUUGUAAUGGAGGGUAUCAGCGUAGAACAAGAACUUGCACUGAUCCUGCUCCUGCUCAUGGAGGACUGCCUUGUAGCGGACCAGUUGAAGACAAAAAAAGUUGCAAUAUUCAAAAGUGCCCAGUUAAUGGAGAUUUCACGCCAUGGUCUGAAUUUAGUGCAUGUUCCAGCAGUUGUGGUGAAGGGUUGCAGAAACGUACACGAACAUGCACAAAUCCUUCUCCUGCAUUUGGCGGAACAGACUGCAUUGGUUUAAAUGAAGAAACUAUUAGUUGUAAAGUAAAAGAGUGUCCAGUUGAUGGAGGUUUUACAAACUGGAGUGACUUUAAUGAAUGCUCUAAAAGUUGUGGGGAAGGUAUCAAACAAGCAAUAAGGACCUGUUCAAAUCCUGAACCCAAAUUUGGUGGUAAAACUUGUGUUGGAGAAUUUGUUAAAAAUCAAAUAUGCAAUAUCAGAGAAUGUCCUGUUGAUGGUGCCUAUAGUCAAUGGUCAGCUUACUCUGUCUGCUCAUCUCCAUGUAAUGGUGGUAAACAAACUAGGACUAGGUCUUGUACUAAUCCACCUCCAAGUAAUGGAGGUGCACCUUGUUUUGGACCUGAUUUUGAUUCAAAAAGUUGUAAUAUUCAUUUAUGUCCAGUGCAUGGUGGGUUUACUCAAUGGUCAGAUUUCAGUGACUGCUCAAAAUCUUGUGGAGAAGGGAAAAAAAUUCGAACACGAUCAUGUUCUAAUCCUGCACCAUCAAAUGGUGGUAGUAGUUGUGUAGGACCAACGGAAGACACUGCAUUCUGUAAACUAAAAGAAUGUCCAGUUGAUGGUGGUUUGGGUCAAUGGUCUGAUUUUACUGAAUGUUCUAAAUCUUGUGGAUCUGGUAUUCAAUGGCGCAAGCGCAUAUGUAACAAUCCUGAGCCUGCUUAUGGUGGCAAAGACUGUUCUGGAUUAAUAAGUAGUGAACAACAAGAGUGUAAAGUCAGAGAAUGCCCUGUUAAUGGAGGAUUAAGUGACUGGUCAUUAUUCUCCGAAUGUUCAGAACCUUGCGGCUUAGGAAAUCAGUAUCGUACCAGAACCUGCACUAAUCCAUCUCCAGCAAAUGGUGGUUUAGGUUGUACUGGUCAUUUGAUUGAAUCAGUUAGUUGCACUUUAAAACCAUGCCCAGUGAACGGUAAUUUUUCACAAUGGUCAGAAUACAGUCCAUGUUCUAAUACUUGUGGAAGUGGGAUUGCUCAGAGAAAACGAACCUGUACACAACCAUCACCAGCACAUGGGGGUAGAGAUUGCUUUGGGCCAACAUUGGAUACUAAAACUUGUAAAUUAAGAGACUGCCCCAUAAAUGGAGAGUUUAGUGAAUGGUCAGCAUUCUCUAUAUGUUCUGAGCCUUGUGGUCUUGGAAAACAAUAUAGAGUUCGUUAUUGCACAAAUCCCCCUCCAUCAUUUGGAGGAAAUGACUGUGCUGGUAAUAGUCGAGAAGUAAUUGUUUGCAAAAUUAAAGAAUGCCCAAUAAAUGGAGGUUUAUCAUUGUGGACAGAGUUCAGUACUUGCUCUCAAACUUGUGGAAUUGGACAAAUGACCAGAUCUAGAUCAUGUACUAACCCUCCUCCACAAUAUCAAGGCAUGAAUUGCAUUGGAGAGUUAAAAGAGGUUAAUGAAUGCAAAGUUCGCGAAUGCCCAGUUGAUGGUAAUUGGAGUCCAUUUUCUUCAUUUACUGAUUGUUCUGCUUCAUGUAACAUUGGUAAACAGCAGAGACAGCGUGAGUGCAAUAACCCAGCUCCACAAUAUGGUGGAAAAGCUUGUAUCGGAAGUGCUGUUGAAGAAAAAUCUUGUAAUGCGUUUCCAUGUCCUGUCAAUGGCGAAGUUUCAGAGUGGGGUGCUUUUGGAUUGUGCUCUACAAGUUGUGGAGUUGGUGAACAAACAAGAUUUAGAACUUGCACAAAUCCUGCUCCAAGACAUGGUGGAAAAGAUUGCACUGAUCCUUUAGUGCAUACUAUAACUUGUAAAAUUAAAGAUUGUCCAGUUAAUGGUGGUUACACAAAAUGGUCAGACUACAGCCCAUGUUCAAAAACAUGUGGGGUUGGUACUCAAACUCGUAAAAGAUUUUGCACCGAUCCAGCUCCUGCCUUUGGCGGACUUGCUUGUGUAGGACCAGAUGUGGAUACAAGAACUUGUGAGCAGAAAGAAUGCCCAAUUGAUGGCCAAUGGAGCAAAUGGGAGGACUAUGAUUCUUGUACAUUAACAUGUGGAGGUGGAAUUCAAAGAGCUCGACGUACUUGUAAUAAUCCAUUACCUAAAUUUGGCGGAGCUGAUUGUGUUGGAGUUAGUUUAGAUAUCAGAUCAUGUAAUAAUUUUCCAUGUCCAGUCAAUGGUGGUUUUUCAUCUUGGUCAGCAUAUGGAGAAUGUACCACAACCUGUGGCCUUGGUAUUCAAUAUAGAAAAAGAUUUUGUGAUUCUCCUCCUCCGAAUUUCGGAGGCAGACCAUGUGUUGGACCUUUAUUUGAUGCCAGAUCAUGUAUACCAAGAGAUUGUCCAAUAAAUGGAGGUUUAACAGAAUGGAGUGAUUUCAGUCCUUGUAGUCACACAUGUGGAGUUGGAAAUCAAGUUUCAACUCGAACUUGCACGAAACCCUACCCUCAACACGGAGGAAAACCAUGUGAAGGAGAGCUUAUUUAUCAGAAGACAUGCAAACUUGCAGAUUGUGCAGUAAAUGGAAACUGGGGCUUAUGGGGAAGUUUUACCCCUUGUUCUCAAACUUGCAAAGGUGGUUUGCAGCGAAGAUCAAGGCAGUGUAAUAGCCCUGCUCCUGCAUUCGGUGGUAUGAAUUGUCCUGGAUCUAAUUUUGAAGAUCAAGCUUGUAACGAAAAUAAAGAUUGUCCAGUUAAUGGAGCAUGGGGUUCUUGGUCUCCGUACGGACCUUGCAGUCUUUCUUGUGGCGUCGGCGGUGCUCGCUCGAGAAAAAGAGAAUGCAACAACCCUGCACCGUCUGGAGGUGGUGCGAAUUGCGUCGGUUAUAGUGUCAUGUCUGAAGUUUGCAACAACCAAAUUAAUUGUCCAGUAAACGGUGAAUGGAGCAGCUGGGGUCCAUAUUCUGCUUGUACGUUGACGUGUGGUGGUGGCGUACAACAGAGAAACAGAUAUUGCAAUAAUCCUGCUCCUCUUUAUGGCGGCGUUUCGUGUAUUGGUGACAGUAUUCAAAUAACUAAGUGUAACACUGCUUUAUGUACUGAAUGGUCAUCAUGGGGUGAAUGGGGACAGUGCAGUCGAACGUGUGGAGGCGGUGCUCAAGUUCGUACGCGUGUGUGUCCAGGAUCAAAUUGCGUUGGCUCUGGGACAUUUGUUCAAGUUUGCAACGUUGAAAAAUGCCCAGACACAUUUUUCAGUUUUUUUGAUAUAAAAAAGCUACUUGGAAAGUGACUUAUUUAAAAACAUUUGUCGAAGUGUUUUUAACGAUGCUAAUAAAAUGAUUUUGAAUAUAAACAUUGAUAAAAUAAAAUAAUUGUUGUAUACGCCUAAAUUAAAUACAAAACACAACGAAUUCAAUAUUGAAUACAA